CCGCCCGGGAUGCGCUCGGCCGCCCGCCGCCCGCGCGGCCGCCUCGGGGCGCUGCUCCUGCUUCUCCUCACCUGCUCGGCGGCUUCUGCUUUGGCCUCUGAAGAAGUGAAGCAGGAAGGCAAGCCACCUCAGGACUCAGAUCAAAGUAGUGUGUCAAGAAAAAAUGACAUAGACUUAAAAGAAAUUGUAUUUGUCAUCCAGAGUCAAAGUAAUUCUUUUCACGCCAAGAGAGCAGAACAGUUGAGAGAGAGCAUCUUAAAGCAGGCUGCAGCCCUCACACAGGAACUCCCUACAGUCCUCCUUCUCCAUCAGCUGGCGAAGCAGGAAGGUGCUUGGACCAUCAUUCCCUUGUUACCACACUUUUCUGUAACGUAUAGCAGAAAUUCAUCAUGGAUUUUCUUCUGUGAAGAAGAAACAAGAAUACAAAUUCCAAAACUCUUAGAAGUGCUCAGAAGAUAUGAUCCAUCUAAGGAAUGGUUUUUAGGGAAAGCGUUACAUGAUGAAGAAUCGACAAUCAUCCACCACUAUGCCUUUUCCGAAAAUCCCGCCGUUUUCAAAUAUCCAGACUUUGCUGCUGGCUGGGCCCUCAGCGUUCCACUUGUAAACAAGCUCACCAAGAGAUUAAAGAGCGAAUCCCUGAAGUCUGACUUCACAAUAGAUUUAAAGCACGAGAUUGCCCUCUACAUCUGGGACAAAGGCGGAGGACCUCCCCUGACCCCUGUGCCCGAGCUUUGUACGGAAGGUGUGGGCUCUCAUUGUGCUACGACAUUCCACUCUUUCCUACCACUUUGUGGCAAACCAGUGAAGAAGGAGGAUAUUUUUGUUGCAGUAAAAACAUGCAAGAAAUUUCAUGGUGAUAGAAUACCCAUUGUAAAGCAGACCUGGGCCAGACAGGCAAGCCUCAUUGAAUACUACAGUGACUUUGCAGAAAGUCCCAUCCCUACGGUGGAUUUGGGAAUUCCCAAUACAGACAGAGGUCAUUGUGGAAAAACUUUUGCUAUCUUGGAAAGGUUUUUGAAUCACAGUCAUGACAAAAUAGCGUGGUUGGUCAUCGUGGAUGAUGAUACAUUAAUAAGCAUCUCUAGGCUCAGACACUUGCUCAGCUGCUAUGACUCUGGAGAACCGGUGUUCCUGGGAGAGCGCUACGGCUACGGCCUGGGCACUGGUGGCUACAGCUACAUCACAGGAGGAGGAGGCAUGGUCUUCAGCAGGGAGGCCAUCCAGAGACUGCUCGCCAGCAAGUGCCGCUGCUACAGCAAUGACGCCCCCGACGACAUGGUCUUGGGGAUGUGCUUCAGUGGCCUGGGCGUCCCGGUGACCCACAGCCCACUCUUCCAUCAGGCUCGGCCAGUGGAUUACCCGAAGGACUACCUUUCUCAUCAGAUUCCCAUAUCUUUCCACAAACACUGGAACAUCGACCCCGUGAAGGUGUACCUCACGUGGUUGGCACCUGAUGAGGAGGACGAAGCUGGGCAGAAGACGCAGGAAGGCGCAAGAGAAGAGCUGUGAUGCCCAGCCUGGUCGGGGCACAAGUGGAGACUCGUGGUGUCCAGCGAGCCGCCCUUGCUCUCUUGGCUGUGCCGGGUGGCAGUGGACACGGAAUGUACAUGGUAGUUUUGGAUGGGGGAAAGAGUCGUACAGGAAACUGGUUUGUUUUGCUUGGGGAGGGAGGGGGAAAUCCCUUGGGUUUGACACAGUUGCUGUAACAGAUUACUGUGCAUUUUUUAAGUUGUGCUAUAGAGCUUUAUGACUGUUUCGGGAAAAUAAAUGGCACCAGAAGUCCC